AUGAUGCCUUCCCUCAUGGGAGGACUGGGCAUGCCUGGUCACGUCCUGCAAGCCUUCCCAACAGCUCCUAUCCUCGACGAAUUCUCCAGACAGCAGCCACUAAGCGAAACAACAAGACGGGUAUCAAGAGGCUCAUCAAACGCAUAUAGGCCGACAAGUGCCAUGCGUGUGGUCAAGCCAAACAGCACCAGCAACAGCCCGCAAACGUCGAUGCAAAGACGCAGAACGCUGAUGAACGACGGUAACCUGGCAAGACGGCGGCAGUACGCUCUGGACCAGGCCAUCUUGAACCAGCAAGUGCCUGGCGUGGCAUCUCCUUUCGAUGGAUACUCGGAGCCCAUGAAGACUACCAGCCGGCCGGUGAGCUGGCAUCCGAGCUCGCACAUCCAGCACCCACAAAUGCAGCUACAGCAACUACCACAGUUCGAUAUGUCGCAGUACAUGAUGCCCACCACCACGCCAUAUUCUGAGGCAGACAUCUAUGCUAGAUAUAAUCAGCUGCCACCAACACCGGCAGUUUACUCGAGCCAUACGUCUCCCAUUUCGUCAUUUUCACCAUUGUCUCUGCCAAUGGCAACUUCUCCACAACAACCGCCACUACCUCAGUGUAUACCCAUGGAUACCUGGAAUGCACCUGCAUACAUAGACUCAGCACCAUACCCAACGAGCCGCAGUCCUGGUACCACUGAACCGUUCCCGUCCUACACCGGGCAACCAGAACUUAGCUGGGAAACUUUUGCCAACAAUGGCUUCAACUCGUGUACUGCGCCCCCUACGCCAGAUAAUUACCAGCUGGCCUCCCCACCACAGGCGAAUGUCCCAUCAGAAGAAUCUAUCCCGUAUCAAGCUCUUGACGAGUCAGAAGAGGAAGGGGAGAUCCUGGUGGGGAUGGGACUUUAUGAUACGCCUGACAAAUCGGAGCUGGAUCCCGAACUUGAUCACUACAGAACAACCACCUCGCAUCUACUGGGCAGUACGUAUAGGAAGGGAGCAGGCCUCAAAUUGGAGGAGGCUUGGGCGCCACCCAAGGACGACGAAGAAGCAGAAGACGACGAUGAUGCGGAGGGAGAGGACCAGGGAGAGGACCAGGGAGAGGAGAAAGAGCAGGAGAAGGAAUCAACUGCACAGCAGACUACGAACGCCCAGCAAAACUGGAUAUAA